GUCUUUGCAGCCGCCGUCGCGGGUGUGAUCAGCCGCACCUGCUGCGCGCCGCUCGAGAUGGUAUCGACGGUGAUGAUGUGCCGCGGCGACGAGUGCGGGUCGAUGGGCGAGGAGCUCGCCGACGCGUGGAGGCGCGACGGCAUGUCUGGGCUCUUCAAGGGGAACGGAGCCAACUGCCUGAAGGUUGCUCCGUCGCGCGGCACGCAGUUCCUCGUGUACGAGUUCGUCAAGCGCCAGAUGGUCGCCGGUGCCGCCGCCGGAGCCGUGCUCUCGGCAGGGAAUCGGCUGGUCGCUGGUGGCAUCGCUGGGAUGGUGGCGGCGCUGCUGGUGUACCCGCUCGAGGUGAUCAAGACGAUGCUCACCAUCUACCCCGAGGAGUGCAAGGCCACCCCCGGCGGCGCCAUCGGCUGCGUCAUCAAGGCUGGCGGCGUGCGCGGCCUCUACGCCGGCGUGGUGCCGACGCUGAUCGCCAUGUUUCCGUAUGUGGGCGUCGAGUUCAUGGUGUACGAGACGCUCAAGCGGCGGUGGGAGCUGUGGGCGGGCGCGCCCGCGGGCACCCUCACCAUUAUCCUCCUCGGCGCCGUCGGCGGCGCCUGCGCCCAGGCGUCGGCUCACCCGCUCGACGUCAUUCGGCGGCGGCUGCAGCUGGGCAACAUGGCGAGGGUGAGCGCCGACGGCACCCAGAAGCCAAAGCCGCCCUACUCAAACAUGGUCUCUGGAUUGUACACCGUCGGAAAGACCGAGGGGCUGCACGUCCUCUUCCGCGGCCUCGGCCCCGCCUGCUUCGAGAAGGUGCCCUCCACCGCCAUCGGGUACUACAUCUACGAGCUGAUGAAAAGGCUGCUG